CCUGCGGGAAUGGCAGGCACGUGGGAGAACGGCAUGCAGGACCCCCUAGGUGGCUGUAAUACGCAAGCCCACAACUCUCUAGAAGCCCGCAAGCCCGCAACCACUGCCAGCUAGGUCCACUGGCGCGGAGAGGGCGGGGGAAGGAUGAAAAGGCGUAAGGCCGCUGUGAGGGGACGACCCAGCUGCGAUGGGCGAGGGGAGGUCGGAGUGUGUGCGGGGAGAGGCGAGAGAGCUUUCCUUUGCGUCGAAAGUCGAGGGCUGUGCGUACUGUGUGGCAGAGCGACGGGAGAAGCACUAGUAACAGUCGCGGGGAGAAGCGUUGCUAGUUUUCGCGAGUUUCACCAGCUGAAGAGGCAUUGCACGCAAGCGCUAGUGCCGACGAACGAAUCAAGCAGCGCCAUCUUCCCUUCCCCCCACAGAUCCAGCUCAGAUCCGCUGACCCUCCUAGAUCGCGAUAAUGGCGCAUCUGGCGCGCGCAAAAGCGGAGUUGCCGCCGCGAAUCCCGCCUGCUCCGGCUCCCGAUCAGCCACCGACGCCCGAUCCGACGUCGCGUCUCUCCGACGCCCUCUUCGGGAAAGUUUUUCGUCUCGUGGCGUCGAACGGCAGCGGAGUCGACAAUCCCGAUCUCUCUCCCAGCGACGAAGCGGCUCUGCAGGACAAGAUCGAACGCGCGCUACGCGAGCCGCUCCCGUUUAAAGACAUAGGCUUCAGCAUGCCGGAGGGUGUGGUGCCGAACGAGGCGGGCAAGUACUGGGGCUCCUCUGCCUCCUCGCUCUUCCCCUUCGCCCACGCGCUCGUCUGCAAGCGCUGGCUGCGCGUGGCGAGAUCCGCGCAUCCCGCCAUUCUCGUGCCCGAAAGCCGCUUCUUCUCCGCGUCAGCCCUCGCCGCGCUCCUGUCGUCGCCACCCUCCUCGCGGUUCUCCAAUCUGCGCCAUCUGCACCUCGGCGAAUCGGCUCUGGACGCCGCUGACAGCCGCUUCGUGCGGGUUCUGUCCACCGCGUGCGGAGCUUCUCUAACGCACCUCACCCUUCACCUGGCGAGCCGCCGCCCAUCCGUUCCUCCCGUCUCGCCCGGGGAUCUCGGCAUGCUCUUCUGCUGCUGCAGGCAGCUGGUCAGCCUGGACUUAUCGUGGCGCGCCGAGCCUGGCUGGAAGUUCCCGCCGUCGAUCCGCUGUCUCCACCAGCUCACGGCACUCCGCCUGAACCUACUCGAUGUUACCGGGUUACCAGAAGCGUUCGGCAGCUUGUCCAGGCUGAAGCGGUUACAGAUCGUGUCGGGAUCUCUCCAGGCCCUGCCGAGCUCCUUCUCCCUCCUCUCGUCCCUCGAAAGCCUUUCUCUCGCUGACUGCCCGAUGAAGCACCUGCCGGACGCUUUCGGGCAGCUUCAAAAUCUCAAGAGCAUCAGGAUCUGGUUUGUGUCGGAGCUGGAGGAACUCCCAGGAUCCAUCUGCGAGCUCUCAAGCCUCUCUGAGCUCUCUCUGGAGUACUGCAGGGAUUUGGCUCGGCUGCCUGCGAACAUUCACCAGCUAGGCAGCCUAUGCAAGGUGCUGCUAGAGAAACUAGAUGCCUUGGUUGCGCUUCCGGACUCCCUUGGGCUGCUGCCCGCGCUGCAGGACCUGCACGUGUAUGACUGCCAGCUGCUGAUGCUCCUCCCAGACACGCUUUCUCACAGCCAGACGCUGCGCCGCCUCACGAUACGCAUGUGCAGAUCCCUCGGGGCCCUACCUGACGCGGUCGGGCAGAUCUCUACUCUCCAGUAUCUUUAUCUCGAGUACCUUGGCGACCUCACUUCUCUUCCUAGCUCCUUUGGAUACUCGUCUCCCCUCCAGGAGCUCACCACCCAUUACUGCCACGGCCUUUUGGAACUCCCACAGUCUGUCUGCGCCAUGGAAUCACUCACCAGUCUCGUUCUAGACGGCGCUGCUGUCACGGCGCUGCCUGAAGCCUUCGGGCAGCUGUCCAGCCUGGCCCGCCUGGAGCUCUUCUGCGAGGGGCUCCCCGCCUUGCCUGGAUCGUUCGGGCGGCUUAAGCGGCUGAGGGAGCUGAAACUCAUUGCCUGCCACGAGCUAGCCACGCUUUCUGCGUCCUUCUCCUGCCUCUCUUCCCUGGAAACCCUUGUCGUCUACGGCGGACCUUCUCUCACGGGCCUGCCGCCGGGGUUUGAGCGUCUGCCGCAGCUGAGCAGGUUGGAGCUCUACAACUGCGCCAUGGAUCACUUGCCUCAGGAGCUCGGGCAGUUGAUUAGCUUGAGGGUUCUUAAGAUUGGGGACAAGGGGUCUUAUGAAAGCGUUGACGCGGACGGGCAGGUCGUUUCGCCAGGGAAUAUAGGAUAUGUUUAUAGGGGGCAUGAUGGGCGGUGCACCCUCCGGGAUCUCCCAGCAUCCAUUGUUUGCCUCACUCGCCUGGAGAAGCUGAGCUUGAGGCGCUGUGACGAGCUGAGGAGGCUGCCUGAGGGGAUGGGGAACCUGGCCAGCCUGCGUGUGCUCAAGGUGCAGUACUGCCCGCAGCUGCGCUGCUUUCCGUCUCUCCUUUCUGCGCCGCCCAACUGCUCAUCAGCUACGCAUCAUCCGCUGCCUGCCGGUGCUUCUGCUGCUGCUGCUGCUGCUGCUGCUGCCACUUGGUCUGCGUCCGGUGCUCCACCUUGCUCCAGCCCUCUCCCACUGCUCCAGAAGCUGAUUCUGCAGGAAUGCCCGCAGCUGGAAUGUCUCCCAGCGGGCCUCUACCUGCUUCCUAAGUUGGACUGUUUAAUAGUGCGUGAAUGCAAGGAAAUUAAACUUCCAUACCAGAGCUCUGUCAUCCCUCCCUCCUCCCUCUCCCCCCCUCCGCCCCCUCCGCCCCUCCUCUGCCUCGGUCCGUCACAGCUAUGACUAUUCCCACUGCCUUCCUAUCAGCCAGCGACCCCCCAAGGUCCGUCGUCCACUCCAGCCACCUCACCCACUUGUACUUGAACGACCAUCCUCCCGUCCAUCAGCCCGAGACACCUUCCCUUGCCACAGCAACCUGCAGACCAGACCAUAUCCCAGGGGAGGCUUCACGCGGGCCUGCACCUGUUGUGUUGGCUGGCUUGGAGCGUCUGUCCUCCUCACUGGAAAACCUCUCUAUCUGGAGCACCGACCUAUCCUCGCUGCCAGAGAACUUGAGCGACCUCUGCAACCUCCAAGUGCUGAUCGUAGGGAACUGCCCUGCCAUGCCAUGCCUUCCCGCAUCCCUUGCCAGCCUUCCCAAGCUUAAAAAACUCAACGUCAGCUUUCUCCCUCUGCUCGCGCACCUGCCUGAGAACCUCGGCGAGCUGACAGGGCUCCAUGAGCUCACCAUAGAAUCGUGUAAGGCCCUUCAGGAGCUUCCUCCCUCCCUCACUCAGCUCUCCUCCCUCAUUUGGCUGGCUGUUGGAAAAUGCCAAGGAAUAACCAGCCUCCCAGUCUCCCUAACCUCCCUUUCCUGCUUGGCUUUUCUCAAGAUCAACCGGCUGCCGCGCCUGUGCCACCUCCCCUCCCCUCUCUCCCUCCCAUCCCUCGUCAAGCUUGCGCUUGACACCUGCCCUAUGCUAGAGAGCCUGCCAUCGAACUUGGGCUGUUUGCCGUCUCUGAGGGUUGUGUAUCUGAUUGGAUGUGAGCAGCUGAAGGAGCAGCUUCAGUUGCUGCUGGAAGGCCGAACGGACGUCGUAAAAGUGAAGCAUGGAUGGGGAUGGCAGGAUUGAUGAGGAGGCUUGUGUGAGCCUGUGCUAUGUGUAGGUCAUGCUUGUGUAUGUCUUGUUGUCUACCAACCUAGCAUGUUGCAAGGAUCAUCUUGAUGUUACAGAA